CGGCCAAGUCCGAUUCGCGGGCACCCUCUGUUGCGUUGUUGAAAUUUCUUUUCCAAAAUAAACUAAUUUUGUUCAGCAUCCGAAAGAAACUGGUUUUUUCAAGCAUUAGUUUCUAAUAGUUUUCGGUGCAGUUCGAUUUGUUACUGUUUUCUUUUAUUUACAAUAAAAGGCCAAAACAAGCUGAAAUCGCUGGCUGCCCAUCUUUCUUUGUGUAGCGCCCAAAAACACAUGUGCGCCGUUGAGGAAGAAGAAGAACAAUAACAUCAUUGAAGCACUUCACUUGCAUCGUCAUCGCGGGAAUGUCGCAUCUAGACAAUAUCUUAAUCCAGGUGCGGGCACGCCUCCAAUCUGAGGGCGUAAAACUCUGGGAGGAACCGUACUACUCCGAGGAUCUCGGCAGCAUUGAAGGAGCUUUAGAGAAUCUGGCCAAUGAGUACUCCCGGAAACUAAGUCUCGAUGUUACUCGUUGCAAGUUCAUUUUGACGGAGCUGCAGGAGAAUGCACUCCGUAAGCUGGCCGCUCGUCGAGAGUUCACCGCCACCGGAAUGGCCACGUUCAAGGUUCGCCGCAUUGACAAUCGCAGCGGCACCACCAAUAUUCUGGACAUAAAGUGCGACCUGAACUCCCUGGGCUCCGAUCUUCAGAUGGCCAUAGCCGACAAACUUCAACUGCCGAAUGCUGAUCACGUUAAAUGCAUUGCUGCCGGAAGAAUGGUGGCCACCGACGCCACUCUCGCUUCCCAGCAGCUAAAGAAUAACCAGCAGUUGCUUGUGAUCGUGGGCGAUGGGGAUAAUCGUAGCGAGGCUCUAUAUGAAAGGAUCAAUCGCAUCAAGGCCGAUGUGGAGGCUGUGGUCUCCUCGGAAAAUAAUCUCGUAGAGAUGGAGGACCAAAAUGGCAGCCCAGUGUUUUUGCCACCCGCUGAGAAUCGCGCCCUGCUCGUCGGUCUGGGCUUCUGCGAGAAGGCCCGUGCAGCCGUGCUGCGUGAGGAUUAUGACGAAGCUCUGCUCCUGCUUUUGGAGGCCGACGAAGCGUUUGCCACCUGUGACUCGCAGUUCCUCGAGUCGGUGGACAACUACGCGCUGCUCAACUUGGACAUAGUGUGGUGCUAUCUGUGCCUAAAGAACGUAACCCAACUGCCUGAUGCCGAGCGUCGUUUGGCCAUUUGCGGACGCAACUUUCGUCGCAGCUACGGCGAGAACUUCGAGAGACUGUACUCCCUGAAGGGCAAGGCUUGUCCAGAGCGAGCCUUGAUCAUGCGCCUUCAGCUGCUCCAGGGCGUGGUUAUGUUCCACCAAAACCGUCGCGACGAGGCCUUCGAGCGAUUCGAGGCGGCCAACAUGCUGCUGCGGGAGCUCAAGAUCAACGAGGACCAACUGACACUGCUGGUGGAGAUGGGCUUCGACGUGACCGAGGCUCGUCUGGCCCUGCGCUCCUGUUCCGGCGAAGGCAACGUUGAGCUGGCAGUGCAGUUCAUCCAGGAGCGUCGCCAGCAGCUCAAAGAUGCUCGAAAGCAGUCGAAAGCGGAGCGGGCACUGCAACGUCGUUUGAUGCGGUCCGAUGCCAACGAUAGCAAUUGGGUGAAUCCUCGCAGUGUCUGCACUCUUAACGAAAUGGGAUUUGAAGUUGCUCUGGCUACAGUGGCCUUGAAGCGCUCCAAAAAUGAUCUUGCCAAAGCGGUGGAACUGCUGCAGAACGAGCCGGAUGAGCUGCGCUCCGCUGUGCCACCUACGCAUGCCUCCGUCGACCUGGUCAAGCUGGGCCAUCUCCUUCAGCUAGGAUUCAAGGAGGAGAACGUACGCGUGGCCCUCGAGACCACAUCGAACGACGUCGAGCGGGCCAUCGAGUGUUUGCUGCGCGCCUUCCAGAGCGAGGAUGAGCUCAAGCAGACCAUGGAGCGUGCUAGCCGUAUGAUCGAGGGCCUCGACUCGGAUGGGCCUUCCACCUCGACCUCCGCCGGUCAGAUGCAGGCUGCUCCCCCGUCGCCGAUCAUUGAAGCGGUGCUGAAGCACGCCCGCUCCGAAAUGGAGACCAACAAGGCUUACGAGCGCUUCAAUUCCGACCUCAGCCAGAACGAUCAGGACUACCUGGACUUGCCGCUCGUCCAGGAGGAGAUGGUCCUGAACGAGUAUCUCAACCUGCUGCAGCAGUGACAUAUGCACUCGCCUUAACUUUUCACUAUCUCCACUCAAAGCAGAUAAACGUGAAACCGGUUGUGGAGAUAACUGUAAUCAUGACUUGUCUAUAUCGCAAAUCGUAGUCUUAUAAUGGCACUUAAGUGGCAUCCAGUUCCCCGCCCCCCGCUCGUCGUUGUUUGUCCAGCUCGGCAAAUAGUAACAUAUAAAGAUUUAUAAGUACGUGCCUGCCCCUUCUAUUGACAACUGCGAAAUGUGAUUACGCCGAGACAGCCGAGGUAGAAUCCACCUUUCCGAACCACCUGAAACUUGUUAGCGCCUCCAGCAAUUACCUAUUUUCAUUUUUUAUUUUGUUGUUUUUUUUAUGUCGUUUGACUCUCGACCCGGCUCGAGCGGCAGCGCUUGAUUGGCUCCAGUCGUGACCUUGCCGAGGCCAAAGGGCGCCGCCCACUAAGCUCAUCCCCUUGACAAAUUAAGUGAAAUAGGAUUGGUCUUCUCUAAAACUAAUCUUUAACACCAAACAGCUUCUCAACCGCACAAUUUUCUAAAGAAAAAGUAGCAUCAACAAGAAAACUACUUUCCAGCACAAUUACAGGAAUACCUUUUAUUUUUUAACUAUACAUGGGUAUAAAAUUGAAGGUCAUUGCAGGAUAAGACCUUUGAUAUUUGUGUUCGAACCGGUUUAAGGAAACCUUUGCUUCUUCGAAAUGAAAAGAGAGCAGAUGUGAAAAAUUAGUCAUUCAUACUUUUAGGAUCACAGUUCACAACUUGUUUUAAUGGCUGUUAAACUUAUGUUUUCAUGAUUUAGGUUUAGGCCUGUGAUACAAUGUAUAAAGAAGAAUAAUUCUAGGGCCAGUGACAUGUCCAAAGAAAUGAUGUUUCAGAAUUUUUUACUUUGAAUAAAUUAUAUACGAGUAUAAAAAGGCAA